CAAACUUGUUUAUAAGCUCUGAUAUUUUUGAAAUCUUAGUAUAAAUACAGCGCUUGCCAUUCGAGUAAUUUUUAGUCAAGUGCAAACGCUGCUAAUUGACGGUUCAAAGUUUGCAAAAAUAAUAAUAAUUACAAAAAGCCUCAACAAUGGCUUUAACGGAGGCGUUAUUCGUUGUCGUCAGCGUGCUGGGCGCCAUAUAUCUGUGGUUCCAGCGGAAUCAUACAUAUUGGCAGCGCAAAGGACUACCGUACAUUCCGCCCACACCCAUUAUUGGCAAUACCAAAAGCACAUUUACACAAGAGGCCAACUUUGGCAUGCACCUGUCGGAUAUAUACUCGAAUCCCAAAAUGCAGGAUGAAGCUGUGGUGGGCAUAUAUGUUAUCAAUAAACCUGGCUUAGUCAUACGUGAGCCGGAGCUUAUUAAAUCAGUGUUGAUACGUGACUUUAAUCGAUUCUCGGAUCGUUAUGGACGUUGUGAUCCGCAUGGCGAUACGCUAGGCUACAAUAAUCUAUUCUUUGUGCCCAAUCCUAAGUGGAAGGAGAUACGCACUAAGCUGACGCCGGUGUUUACCAGUGGCAAGGUCAAGCAGAUGUAUCCACUGAUACAGGAGAUUGCUGACGAUCUGGAGCAGCUUUUAGCUAGAGAUCAUCCCGGCCCAAAUGUCAAGUACUGUUCCGACAUCAAGGAUGUAUGCGGACGUUUCACCACAGAUUCCAUAGCGACCAUAGCGUUUGGCGUGCGUGCCAACAGCUUGCAGGAUAAGAAUGCGGAAUUUAGACGGAUGGGCAACCUAUUUUUCAAACUCUCCUUGUCACGUGCUUGUGACUUUUUUAUCGCCUUCUUUUUGCCCAAACUGGUGUCGCUGUUACGCGUUAAAUUCUUUCCCGCCGAAUUUUCCAAUUUCAUGCGCGGUAGCAUUUCCCAUGUCAUGGCCGAACGUGAGCGCACGGGUACAGUACGCAACGAUCUCAUCGAUAUACUGGUGGGCCUGAAGAAGGAGGCUGCCCAGGAGCCCGACAAGCCGCAUAUGGCCAAAACCAAGGACUUUUUGGUAGCGCAGGCGGUUGUCUUUUUCACAGCCGGCUUUGAGACCUCCUCAUCAACCAUGGCCUUUGCUUUAUAUGAGCUGGCCAAGCAUCCUGAAAUGCAGCAACGUGUGCGCCAAGAGAUACACGAAGCAUUGCUUGAGGAAGGUGGAAAAUUGAGCUACGAGCGCAUCAAUUCCUUGGAGUAUCUGUCUAUGGUAGUGGAUGAAGUGCUGCGUAUGUAUCCAGUGCUGCCCUUCCUGGAUCGUCAGUACUCCAGCAUCAAAGGACAACCGGAUUUGUCGCUCAAGCCCUACUAUGAUUAUAAGCUGGAGCAUGGCACGCCCGUUUUUAUACCAGUGUAUGGCCUACAUUAUGAUCCCAAGUACUGGACAAAUCCACGUGAGUUCAAUCCAGAACGUUUCUCGGCUGCGAAUCGUAAAAAUAUUCAAUCUAUGGCAUAUCAACCGUUUGGUUUGGGUCCACACAAUUGCAUUGGCAGUCGCAUUGGUCUGCUGCAGUCCAAGCUGGGACUGGUGCACUUCCUCAAGAAUCACGAAGUGCGCUGCUGCGAAAGCACAGUGCUGGAGAUUAAGUUUGAUCCCAAGUCCUUUGUGCUGCAGCCGGCUAAGGACUUGAUAUUAGAAAUUGUUAACGAUCGACUCUAUGAUAAUGCCGUACAGGCCAAGUAA